AAGUGGAGGAAGAAGAAAAAGAAGAAGAAGUAGGAGGCGUGUGACACUCGGCUAUCGUCGCUCUCGGCAGACUGAAAACAACCCAAGUGUGUGUGUUGGUGGUCAUUAAAACCGCAGCCGUGCCACGCCGCGCCCCCACCCCCAGCGGAGCCGUCAUGUGGCAAGAGGCCCGCAAACAUGAGCGCAAGCUCCGUGGCAUGAUGGUAGAUUACAAACGCCGAGGAGAGCGACGGCGAGAGUACUACGAGAAAAUCAAAAAAGAUCCAGCUCAGUUUCUCCAGGUUCAUGGCCGAGCCUACAAGAUUCAUCUGGAUCCAGCCGUGGCGCUGGCUGCAGAGAGCCCCAUCAACAUGAUGCCCUGGCUGGGAGAUGCAAACAACAUGAUUGAUAGGUUUGAUGUACGAGCUCAUCUAGACUACAUCCCCACCUACACUCCUCCCCUGCUCAGCACAUCAACCCCAGAGCAGGAAAUGGAGGAGAGAAAGUGCAAUUAUGAGCGAUACAGAGGGCUUGUGCAGAAUGACUUUGCAAACAUCUCUGAGGAGCAGUGUUUGUACCAGAUCUACCUGGAUGAGCUCUACGGUGGUUUGCAGAAACCAAAUGAGGACGAAAAGAAAAAACUGGCUGAAAAGAAGGCCUCCAUCGGUUACACCUACGAAGACAGCACGGUGACUGAGCCAGACCCCGAGUCCGACAAAGAUGAAGAAAAUUCAGAGAGCGAAUCUGAAGAGGAUGAAGGCAUCCCAGACAUUGAUGUGGAGGUGGAUGUUGAUGAGUUGAACGAAGAACAGGUGUUGGACGUGAACAAAAUGGCAACCCCGUACGGAAUGGCAGAAGGAGACUUUGUCAGGAUGUUGAGGAAAGACAAGGAGGAGGUGGAGGCCAUCAAACAUGCCAAAGCGCUGGAGGCGGAGAAGGCCAUGUACUCCGGUCGGCGUUCUCGCAGACAAAGGAGAGAGUUCAGAGAGAAGAGACUGAAGGGAAGACAGAUCAGCCCACCGAGCUAUGCAAGGAGAGACAGCCCAACUUACGAUCCCUAUAAACGACCAGAGAUGGAGUCGAGCUCUGAGUCUCGGUCGCGCUCUCGUUCUCCUGGUCCCGAGAAGAUCACCUUCAUCACCAGUUAUGGAGGCAGCGACGAUGAAGCAGUAGCCGCCGCAGCAGCAGCCGCUGCCGCUGCAGCCGCCACAGCCGCCGCCGCCGCCGUGGCAGCAGCAGCAGCAGCCACACAAACGAGCGCUCCUCACUCUGGACACGUCCCCUCCAACUCGCAACACCCUGCAGGUCAUAGCAGGGGCUCCCGGAGACGAAGGUCCUCCUCCAGUCGCUCCCCUUCCUCCUCCUCCAGCUCCUCAUCCCAGUCCACCUCUCGCUCUUCCUCCCGAUCGCGGCGAACCCGGCGCGGCCGCGGGGGGAGGGACGGCCGACGAUCCCGAACUCGUUCCCGGUCGAGGCGGCGUUCCACAUCUCACUCCCGGAGCAGAGGAGGGAACGGAGGGGCUGCUUCCUGGAGGAGACGAGACCGGACGCGGUCGAGGUCUGCUGACAGGGAGCGAGAGAGGGACCGGGACAGAGAGCGAGAGAGGGACCGAGACAGAGAGCGAGAGAGGGACCGAGACAGAGACAGGAGACGAUACUCUGCGCGAAGACGGACGAGGUCCCGUUCCAGCUCGCGGCAAGGGGGCAGUUUGAGGCGAGGGGGCCGGAGCAGCGGAGGCCACCGGAGGGGAGACAGCGGCAGUCGCAGUCCGUCUCACUCCCCCAGCCGCCUCAACCAAAGUCCCUCCCCUCCAAGUGGAGCCCUGCCUUCGACCAACACCGUCCGUGACAAGCUAAGAAAGCCUGAUACUCCGGGUGGUAAAGAGACGGGAGCUGCCAAACCCAAGAUGACCCCUCAGGAGCGGCUGAAGCUAAAAAUGCAGAAGGCGCUCAACAAGCAGUCCAAGGCGGAUAAAAGAGCCGCUCAGGUGAAGAUCCAGCAGCAGGAAAACAAGCGACAGGAGAGAGAAGGAGAGCUACGAGCCAUGGCACGCAAGAUACGCAUGAAGGAGCGGGAGAGACGAGAGAAAGAGAGGGAUGAAUGGGAGAGGCAGUACGGGCGACAGAGCCACUCGCCUUCGCCUUCUCCUUCCCCUUCCAAAUAUGGCCGAGAGCACAACUCACACAGAAGGAGGUCUCGUUCCCGGUCUCGUUCUCGGUCCCGUUCUCGUUCCCGGAGUCCACACUACCGACACUGAUCCCUGGAAAACAUCAUUACAAAACCUGGUCAUUAGCACACAUGCUGUCAAACAAGCAGCGUGUAACAAUAUGAAGUGAAUGUGGCACAAGUCUUUACCUGAAUACUAUGUCCUCUGGUAUGUGUCGACAGAAUUACUUUCAGACUGCGAGGCCUUUUAGUUUCAUCAUCUUCACAGUCAAAAAGGGUUUGAUCUGCCAUUUUUCCUGAUUGCUUCAUCUUCGGACUUCCAGUUUAUUAAAUGAGUUUCUGUUUUUUCUUCUGCAUGCUUUUUUUCUUUUUCGGGCAGAAAUAUUUGACUUUAUUCCAAUACUGGCUUUUUAAAUACCGGCUGAAUACUAAGCAAUAUCAAUUUUGUUUUUUUGGCCCCACGUUCGCCUCCAAGGUUCUCUAAACACUCAAAGACCGUUUCAGUUUUCAUGAGCUGAUGUAUAGGAUAUUUAUACACUGCAAUUUAAAACUUCUUUAUUAAAGAAAUUAAGUUAAUGUAUGAAUUCAAUCCAUCUACCCCUCUUUUUUUAUACUGUGUGCUCUGCCAACCGGUUAUCAGCAGCAAAUAUCUUUUUGUUUUCAAUAAUGUCGAAUGUCCAAUACAGAUGAAGAAAUAAAGCAGAAUUUGAAAUGA